CCAUAAACUGUAUAAUGCGGAAUUAUUUAUCUCAAAAUAAAUCCAGCAACAUUUUUGGAUGCGUAUUGAAUGCUUUAUUUUCUUCAUUAAUAGAUAAUAGCUCUGAAUCGAGCACUAGACGGAAUUUUAUCUCAUGAUCUCUUAUGAGUUGAGCUCACGCGGUCACUUGGACGACAUGACGUCAAAGCUCAAGUUUGUGUUUAUGAAGUGCUAGCUCGCGAGCUUGUGUUAGCUGAUUGCUACAUGGGAGUAACGGUGAGACUGGCUGUCACACAACAAACCCACAUCGAUUUUCUCAUGGUGGUACUUGGAUUCUCGCGUUUUCCCUCAUGUUUGUCGUGUCCUGUCGAUAAGAGAUGCAGAGUGGGCAUACCGAUAUAGGGUUUGUGCAGCAAAUUCUCAGUUUGAAUUUGGUUCCAAGAAAACAUGGCUACAAUUGCGCCAACGAUACAUCGCUGUGCGACUUUUCAGAGAUGUGGUAUGGCGUGUUCCUGUGGACCGCCGUCUCCUCGCUGAUGUUCCACCUGCCGGCGGCCCUGCUGGCCAUGUUCACGCUGCGGCAGCACAAGAUGGCGCGCUUCAUGCCCAUCGCCAUCGUGCUCAUGGGCGUCCUGGGCCCGCUCACCGGCGGAGUCCUCACCAGUGCGGCGAUAGCAGGAGUGUAUAAGGCGGCGGGGAAGAGAAUGAUCUCUCUGGAGGCGCUGGUGUUCGGUGUGGGCCAGUCCUUCUGCGUGGUCAUCAUCUCCUUCCUCCGAGUCCUGGCCACUCUGUAGCACGAGGCCCUGGCACACGGCACACACCACGUGUCUCCACGCCGGGUGGACGGAACGAGCGAGAGAAAGCAGGGAAGAGAGAGAACGAGAGACGAUAUGCAAUCAGUGUUCACUCACAAAGAGGACACCUUAUGCAAGACUCAGCUGUACCCUCUUCAGAGGCCUUAUAUCCCCCAGGUGAAGAGCUGAGGAAUUUUUAGUUUCUUUGACGGCAUCAUUCCUUCUAUAAGGUGACAUGGUGGGGGCUUUUGUUUUUUCCAGGGGUUGUAUUUAGGAAGGUGGUUAGACACUUAGGGAUUGCUGCCGGGUUUUUUGUAACUAAGCAAAGGCGGUGUGAAGAGGAGAGCAGUCAGGGGCAGGUGACCUCUCGUUCAGGUGUGUGGAUGGAGAAAUCUUGCACACGAUCCACUUUGUUUGAAAGUAGAACAUUCCAGACUCGAGAGAGAGAGAGAGAGAGCAAAUGUUCUGAAGCCUUUUUAAUAUGAGCGGCACCUAAUGGGAGCAUCUCUGUGCUAUUAGAACUGAAUCCUUGCCCCUCCCUUAGUAGUUUUGUAUUGAAAAUGACGUCACUAUCGUACAGAAUGUAUACAGCAGCUGUGUGAUAUGGUAACAGACCGAUGGAGUUCAUGAUACUGGAGUUCAGCAUUGAUUUCAUUCCAACUUAAAGCCUUUUUCAUCUAAUCUUUUCAUGUGCUCAACACCAUCAAUCAUGUUACAACCAGACAAAUGCGUGUGAAAUGAACUGUACAUACUAAAACCCAUUCCAGCUUUCUAAUGAAGGGGGUAAAGUGUGUGUGUGUGUGUGUGUGUGCGUGCAUGUGUGUGUGUGUGUGUGUAUGUGUGCGCGCGCGCAUGUGUGCUCAGCCAGAAACUGAUCAAGAGCCAGAAGAACUAAAGUAGCUCAGUCCCAUCUUGGAGAGGAAACAAAACACUACUAUUAACAUUAUAUAUUCAUUGUGAAGGUGCAGGCAGGACAGCUAUUUAAUUCCCCUUCGUGAGUCAGGAACAAUUGGUAUUUAAUCUAAAGACUUUUAGAAAUCCUGUUCGGGUUUCUGUAGUCUCAGGCUUUUACAUUGAGUUCUUUGAAAAAGCAACUUGGCCUCACUUUGUACCAUAACAGUGCAGAAGUUGUCCUUUCCUUUUUACCUUGACUAAAUUUGGGCCUUUUUAUUAUUUUGUACAGCAUCUCAUAAUUGAUCAUUAUAAUGUUGUCUCAUAAUGUUUGCUAUGCUCAAAAAAAAACACACACAUGUGCUGACCUCACUCCAUACGCCUACAUGAAUGUGAAUCAGAUUUCUUUAAUCCCGUAGUUACUAAGCUUUCUUAAACCUUUACCAAAGAGAUCUUAACAUAUUGUACAGAUCAUUUUACUUCUCAGUGGUUCUUUUCUGUCUUGCGUUCUCUUUUUUUUUUUUUUUUUGAAAGGGGUGGGGCAUUGCUGCAGUAGAUGCUUUGAUAACCAUGCUGAUCAUGCGGAUUGAUUGAUUGAUUGAUUGAUUGAUUGAUUGAUUGAUAGCUAAACAGUUUCAGACUUCUUCCAUCUCCCUGGGUACACUACAAUGAAUUUGCAUCGUCUAGUCUCCUUUGGGACGACGAUGUCGAAAGACACAUUCAGAUAUUUGCAACAUGAUAAGAGAUGAGAUACUGCUUUGGUCGCAUUUCCAAGUAAUAUGUUCAUUACCCAGAAUUCCCCUGUGAGUUGAGUAAGCACUUGGUCAGCUCAGCCAUAACGUGAAACAUUCUGUAUUCGCUUGAUCUCCUUCUUGGGGGAUUUGGGGGGUGGUGGGGGGUGUGUCACAUUGUUUCACAAUCUCCUUAAACAGGCCUCAGGAAGCUAUUUUUGUGCGGAUAUUUUCAAAAGGAAAAAGGGGGUGUUUGUUGUUGGUAACCUCUCCUGUACGGAGCUUUUCAGUAGGUAAGCGGACUAACUGAAACAGUGGCCAUGACUAUUCUGGCAAGCAGAACUCACUGAAAGCAAUGCAUUGCAAAACUGGGCCUAUGGUCUCUUAAUUCCAGAAAUAUAUUUAUUUUUCUAAAGGUAUUUUAUCAUCCCUUAUAAAUUGUUGAAAGGCUUAACAGUACUGUUGAACAUUUUUUGAUUGUUUUGGGAAUUGUCAUGUUUGGUGGAAAACAUGAUUUUAUUGUUAUUUAACAUGAUGUGGGUGUUCUUUUCUUUUUUCUUUUCUAGGUAAGGUUGAUUUUAUUACUGUAAAUUAAGUGCCAAUUGUUAAUAUUUUCAUGUAAUAAAAUGUUUCAGAUUAUA